UUCGGCUCCCGUAGUCCCCCGCCCUAGCUACUGUCUUCCCCAUGGAGUCCUCCUGGGCGACUCUGGGCAUCGUAGCUUUCCUUUUCCUCUUGCCGCUUCUCUGCGCCGCGCGGUUCUUCCGAACGAGGCGAGCGCGCGUCCUGCCUAACGCCGCCGUCAGCCUCCUGGUGGUGGCCGGUUCUGGAGGGCACACUACAGAAAUAUUGAGGUUACUUAGUAGCCUGUCCCAAACAUACUCUCCUAGACAUUAUGUUUUGGCUGAUUCAGAUAAGAUGAGUGAAGAAAAAAUCCGUUCUUUUGAACAACAAAGAGCUGAAACCUCCUCCAAUUCCAUGUUCACCCUCCACCGCAUUCCCAGAAGCCGGGAGGUCCAUCAGUUGUGGAGCUCCUCUGUGCUGACGACUCUGCGUUCCAUGUUUUACUCUCUCCCUUUGACCUUCAGACUCAAGCCGGAUUUGGUUUUGUGCAAUGGCCCAGGAACUUGCGUUCCCAUAUGCGCAUCUGCCCUCCUGCUCAGGAUGCUGGGGAUAAAAAGCAUAACCAUUGUAUACGUCGAGAGCAUCUGCCGUGUGGAAAACCUGUCUCUGUCCGGGAAGAUCCUUUACCACUUUUCAGAUUAUUUCAUCGUCCAGUGGCCUGCGCUGAAAGAAAAGUAUCCCAAGUCUCUCUAUCUUGGGCGAAUCGUAUGACAAGAAAGGACAAGCUCAAUGUGUUUUAGUACCAACUCUGAUGUUUUUUUUCCAACUG